CGUGCGGCUGUACACUCCAAGUCUCCAACGUUUAUAUAUACGUGUGUGAGCAAAUAAUAAUCCAUUUAGUUGCUUACAUUUAAUCCAAAAAACAUGGCAACUCCGACCAAGAAAGUGCUGCUGACAUCAAACGGCGACGAGAUCUCUCAGAAUAUUGCUUACCAUUUAGCCAAACAGGGUUGCUGGUUGGUUUUGUUGGGGGAUGAGAGUUCUUUGAAGAAAAUUGCUGACAAAAUAACGGGGAGUUUAAAGGGUUUUGUAAAGGUUGAGGUAGUGGGAGUGGAUAUGGAAGAUGAGAAUGAAUCGACUUUCGAUCUUGCGGUUGAUCAGGCUUCGAAGGUUUUGGGUGGUUUGGAUUCAUUUGUCAGCUGUUAUUCUUAUGAAGGAAAGAUGCAAGAUCCUCUGCAGCUAUCAGGAGAUGAGUUUAAAAAGAUUGUUAAAAUAAAUUAUAUGUCAGCAUGGUACCUGUUUAAAGCUGUUGGGAAGCGACUUCGGGAUCAGAAAACAGGAGGUUCUGUUGUGUUUGUAACCUCAUUAAUAGGUGCCGAGAGAGGGUUAUACCCUGGAGCUGCUGCAUAUGGUUCCGCUUUGGCGGGAGUAAAUCAAUUAGUUCGGACUGCUGCUCUGGAGGUCGGGAAACACCAAAUCAGGGUUAACAGUAUUGCACGUGGAUUGCAUCUAAAUGAUGAGUUCCCUGUCUCAGUUGGGAAAGAGAGGGCCGAAAAGAUGGUGGCAGAUGCUGCACCACUAAACAGGUGGCUUGAUGUUAAAGAUGAUCUCGCCUCGACUGUCAUCUAUUUGAUAAGUGAUGGUGCACGCUUCAUGACUGGCACGACCAUCUUUGUCGAUGGCGCACAAUCUUUGGCAAGACCUAGAAUGCGAUCAUUUAUGUGAAUUUGCAACAAGUUUUGCAGACUCAUUGUGCAAGUUCUAGUGACAAAACCGCUACGAACCAAAAUGGCAAUGUCGUCUAUUAUGUAUUCAUCACUAUAUGUUGUAAUGACUUUUCACUAGAAAUUUGUUCAUGUCAUGGAUUUUGUAUCACGGUGAUUCUUAUUAAUGAGUAUUGUAGUUAUUGUAUAAGAAAAUGAUAUCGUGUUGUUUGACUGGAGAAAUGAAAUCAAGGGAUCGCUGUACUUCUUUCGGUGAGAAGUUCAAAAGUUCAAAAUCCCUUCUCCUUUUUACA